AUGCAAACAGCAUCAGUUUUGAAUGUUAAGGAAUCCAAAGCUUCUGAAAGAACAGUUGUAGUUGCUGGUCUUCCAACUGAUCUUGAUGACCAGUUACUGACCACAGUAGUGAAGAUUCGCUUUGAAGAUACUGACAGUGGGGGUGGCGUUGUUGAAGAUGUGAUAUAUCCAACAAGAACGAAGGGAGUUGCAUAUGUAACAUUCAAAGAAAAAACAGUUGCAGAGAAUGUCGUCAGGAAAAAGAAACACUAUAUAGAAGGCAUGGUUGGAUCUGCUCAACUCAUAGUCUCCCACUUCAGUGAAAAGGUCUUCGGCUCUGUAAAGGCUGUCCUUGAUCUUUCUGUUUUUCGGAGUCAAAUCCGUCUAGAAAGUCUGGUAAUGGACCUGAAAAUGGAAAUCCCAACGUUAUGCUUAAGUCCUUUGGAAGCCAAUGGAAGAAUCUCCGUUCAAGGAACAUUUCUGGCUAUCAAGAAGCUCAAAGAAUCUUUGCUAUUAAAAGCAAGUUUUCUUUCAGAAAAAAAUAGGAACAGACAGAGCCCCAGGGGAAGUACACGGAGAAGCAGUCACUCUUUAAAGCCCCCCAGGUGGUUGACACCUGAGACUACGAAAAGAGGAGAAAGUCUUGUUCUUGACACAGAUACUUUCCUUUACCUGAAAAAGAAGACAGACUUUUAUGAAAGCACACUGAGAACAUUGCAUGUUCUAUGUCAAGAGACAGUGGAUGGUGAAAUUACCACACUUUGUAUAAAGAAUGCUCAAGGUAGUUCUCAGUCAAACAAUGAAAAACAGGCGAAAGAGUUCAUUGAGAAAUAUUCACAUGCUCUUCACCUUGAGCUUAGAAAGGAGACACUUCUUUUAGAAGGAAAGGAAGAUAGAGAGAAAGAAAAUAUUAAGCUGGCAUGCAAGCAGCUAAGUUUGAGUUACCUUCAUGUUCUGGUUAAUUUCUAUAAGACACACAUUGAUGUUAUAGGGCCUCCUUCUGACACAUACUUGUUUAAAAAAGAGGUCAUGGAAUUAAUAAGGCAAAAAGUUAGGUAAUAAAAUCCUCAGCAGUAGUAACAAGAAGGGCUGAUUGAUUCCUUCCCUUACUGAGCAGUGGUGAUGUCAUGCAUGAUGCCAGCUUUACACACAUUAUCUUAUUUAAUUU